GUUAUUGCCAAUAUGAGUGCAACACUACCUCGUGGACAUCGUGCUCAAGAAGCAAAUUUAUCUCAUAGUGGUUUAUUACGUACUGCAAGUCAAAGAGAAAAUUUUGCUGAAGGUCAUUUAGCUGUUGAAAGUCAUACUAUAUCACGUCACAAUUUAAGUGGUAAUAAUAAUAUUGGCUCUGGACUUAUUGUCAAUUCUAAUGGGGAUGUAACACCUGGUGGAAAAUAUGGUUUUCAAAUGAUUGAUCUUGGUCAACCAAAACGUGCUCUACUCUCUCGUAUAGACUAUGGUGUACGUACAAUUCAAGGUGCAUGUGAAGAUAUCAAUAAACCGAUUUAUGAAGAUGAAGAAGCAUUAUAUGGUGAUGAUCUAAAUACCAAACGUUGGCGUUCAGAAACAUUAGAACAAGCUCGUGCUGGUGUACUUAGUCAUUUAGGUGCAAUGACAAUGGCUACUGGUCGUCUAAUCUCGGGUAUUGAAGUACCACACAAUCGGGGACGUGAUGGCG